AAACCGGAAGCCGAGGCCUGGCUUCACUCACUCAUCAACAAGAACCUGCGUGUCCACACAACCGACUUGCGCAUGUUCGUAGGCACGUUCAAAUGCACGGAUCCUAACGGCAACAUCGUGCUCUCGCUCACGCACGAGUACCGGCAGCCCUCCCCGCAGAAGCUAGCCGAAGCCAUGGCCAAAGCUGACUCAUCGGAAACCUUCAGGGCGGAGAUGACGCCGCGGUACCUAGGUCUGGUGGUGGUGCCAGGGCAGUACAUUGUCAAGAUCGAGCUCGAAGAGUUCGUCAGCCAGAUGCGGAAUCGA